GCUAAUCAUUACGUACGUCAAAUAAACGUCAAUGACAAAAUGUCGUAUAGAGAAAACGUGAAAUAUUCGAACUCGUGGGUUUGUUUACAUUAGGCUAAGUUAAAUUCAGUGAAAAUAACAUUUCUUUGUAGACUACUUAAGUAAAACCUUAAAAUGAGUCAAAUAUUACAAAAACUGCGGGAUGUAGACCCGAAUGACAGUGAAGCUGUGAAGGAGGCAGUAACCACUUUCUUCCAGAACUUGCCCAAGAACACAGAAUCUAACAGUAAUACAUGGCUUCGGGCGUUAGAAGACGUGAUUACCCGGUUCCCGAGAUACUGUUCACAGCAUCGCACAACAAUAGAGAAAUAUUUAGUACAUUUCCUGGACUCAAGUAAUUAUAACAAUGUUAUUGAGGCAGCUAAAUGUGCACAUGGCUUGCAGCAAAUUCGUCCCUCUCAGGACAAGUUGGCUAGUCCUAAGAACUGCUGGAGGGAACAGAUGAAUAUAUUGUGCAAUGCUGCCCACACACUCAUUGAAGCCAUAUUUUCAAGUACAGUCAAUAUUUAUAAAAACAAGCAAAAUGUCAAGAGUGUAGAAUCACAGUUACUUGUAAACACUCCUCUGACAAAUGCUCUGUCUCAAAUCUUGAAUGUGAAGAAAUCACAGCAGGGCACCAGUGGUGAAGAUAAUAGAAAGAUGGUGUUGUGCAACAAACUGCGGAAUAUCUUUGUCUUCAUUCAAGCGAUGCUUGUGGAGGUAUAUCCCGUAGCGAAACCAGUACAGCCUCAGCUAAUUCUGGAAGUGAUUGUGCAGGCAAUCAGUGUAUCCAGCAGUGUGAACACAGAUGUGGCUGAAGCUCUCAUUGUAAAGACACAAGCCUUAAAAACGCUGAAUGCUAUGAUAUUAUGCUUAGGACCAAAUCUCAUUCCAUUUUCUGGACUAGUAUUCAGAUUUGUGAUGCAAACACUCAAAUGGAGCUUGGAAAACCCUAGCGUGGAAUCCAGAAAAGUCCGUGUGACCGCUUACAACAGUCUCAGCAAGUGGUUGAGUUUGCUGCACAUGCACCAUGUGGCCAGCGAGGGUAGGGGACGAGCCUGGGAGGACGACCUGACCAAACAUAUCGUUGGGGAUAUCACUCCUGCAAAGAAGAUUGUGCAGCUAACUAUGAGCAAUCAGUACACAAAGAAUUUGAGUAAGAAAGCAAAGAGAAAGCUAGCCAACUCCAUGUUACAACAAAGUACAAUCGCUAGUCACAUGCCAGGGGAGAAAAGUAAGGAGAACACUACUAACACUGAAGAAGGGAGUGAGGAGGUCGCUAUUGCCGCUCUAGAAUGCGCAGAAUCAUUCCUAACAGUCAGUGGAAUAUUUUUGAAACCAACCACACAUACGGUACUCCGCGAGCGUAUAAUCCGCUCGUGCUACACACUAGAGCAGACGAGCACGGGGCGGGCGCUACAGUGGCUGCGUACACUGGAGGCGUCGCGCAAGAACACCCCGCCCUCGCUGCCGCCGCACACACACUACUGUCUGCAGCUCUAUAGUAUGCUGCUCAGUAGUAGCUGCGAGGAGAUCAGAAAAUUCUGCUCACAAGCCCUACAGGACAUUCGACUGCACCUGCACUGCUCGCCGCCAACAAUUAACUUCGCUCUCGAGAAACCGGCAGAUACCAAAACCGGCAAGAGUAACAAGAAAGAAAUAUCUAAGAAGAAUAGAGAGGCACUCGAAGCAUUGUUGGGAAAAGAUCGAAUGCCAGACACCGAAGAGUUGGCAGAUGAACCACAGACUAAAAUACCUCGUCUUGAAGAAGGUGACGACAGAAUCAGCAUUAGCAGUGAAUCAGGAGCGUCAGUUGUCAUUUCAGACGAUGAAGUGGAAGUUAUCAAUCAAGAAACUACUGCCAACGACGGAGAUGAGGUUGAAAUGCUUCCUGUAGAAACUAUCGAAGAUUCCAGUCCCAAAACAAGCAGAAAACGCAAAGCUUCAGAUACAGUAAAUAUUGAAGAUACUGUAGACACUACAGCUGAUAUUGCUCAAAGCAAUAAAGAUGUGGAAAUUGACGUGGCAAAAGACACAGCUAAUAUCUACGAAGCCAAAACACAACUUCCUUUGAACACUUCCACUGAUACAAUUGAUGGUGACAAAAGUCCAGUGUCCCUUGAAAUUGCUUACGGCACUUCUACCACAGAUUCCAGUGUGAAAAGGCUUGAGAAGCUAGAUGAUGAUAAUAAUCUACCCAGCUCAACAGAAACUGAUGAUGUUCAGAUAACUUGUGGACAACUUGUAGCAUGUUCUCAAGAUUCUGCAAAAGAUACUCUUGAAGUUGGAAUUGAAAUUUCAGCUGUAAAUACGAAAGAAGUUGAUGAUGCAGCUGAAAAUGAAGCAACAAAAGAAAUUGGCGAUGUCAAUGAUAAUAUAGAAGUUACAAUUACAAGCAAGGAGGUUACAGUGGAAGAUAUGUUGGCCGAUUUCGUUGACGAAGUAAUUGAGGAGCCGAGUUUAGUUGCAUAAGCGUAAUAUUCAUUAUUAUAAGACUAAUUAAAUACAUAAAUGUUUUUUUGGACAUUAUAUCGCUUGAAAAGCUUCAAUUAAUA